CUGUCCUGCAGGUGGCAGUAGUUCGCCGCUCUUCCCAGCGGUCAGUGACGUUGCACAGUGGCACAAAAAUCCACAGUAAUAGACCUACAGUCGCUUCAUCAAGACUAAGCUAGGAUAGCAGGACCUGGACAGAAAGGCAUAGCUUUCCUCCCGUAGUGAAGUGUUUGUCCCAUCCAGGUUAAAAGUGGAGGUCUGUAUGUAAACCUCCCCUUUCCUGUCCUCGAAGACCUCCCGAAACCACCUCCUUCCUCCUCCUCUGCCUCCUCUUCCUCCCUCCAUCUGCCCCUGUGAUGCCUCCUUCGUGCUUUGGCUGUCUGUCGCAGUACACCCAUCAUCAUUUGGUGGUCUUUCUCCUCACCUUCUUUAGCUAUGUGUUGCUACAUGCAUCCAGGAAGACAUUCAGCAAUGUGAAAGUCAGCAUCUCGGCCCAGUGGACGCCGUCCGUCCAGAACGACAGCGCUCCCGCGUUGUCCCCCGGUGAGACAUGGGAGGACAAUCAUCUCUUUGCUGAUGAAAAGCAGGCCACGCUGUUUCUGGGAGCUCUGGAUUCAAUCUUCCUCUUCUCAUACGCAGUGGGUCUGUAUCUGAGCGGCGUGAUUGGGGACAGAGUGAACCUGCGCUACGUGCUCUGCUUCGGCCUGUGUGGAUCUGCUGUAGUGGAAUUUCUUUUUGGCACCCUGACCGAAUGGCUGCACAUCUACAACGCCUACCUGUACUGCGGCCUGUGGGUGCUGAACGGCCUGCUGCAGUCCGCCGUCUGGCCCUGCGUGGUGGCCGUCAUGGGCAACUGGUUUGGCAAAACGGGGCGUGGCUUCGUGUUUGGACUGUGGAGUGCAUGUGCAUCUGUAGGCAACAUCCUGGGUGCCUUCCUGGCUUCAAGUGUGCUCCAGUAUGGAUAUGAGUAUGCCUUCCUGGUGACAUCUGUGGUGCAGUUUGCUGGUGGGGUGGUUGUGUUCUUUGGCCUCCUAACUUCCCCAAAAGAAGUUGGUUUGCACUUAGAAUCAGAAACUGGACUCAGCCCGGUCGAGACGGACAAGGACAGCCACAGACCCCUGAUGAGUGACGAGGAGGAGGAGGAGGGGAAGACAUACAGCCGACAAUGCCGCUCGGCUCAGCCACUGGAUGAACUUGUGGACGAGCCUUCUCAGGCUAUCGGCUUCUUCCAGGCUUUCUGCCUGCCUGGAGUCCUGCUUUACUCCUUGGCGUAUGCAUGCCUGAAGCUGGUCAACUACUCCUUCUUCUUCUGGCUCCCGUUCUACCUGAGCAACAACUACGGGUGGAAGGAGGCCGAGGCCGACCGGCUGUCUAUGUGGUACGAUGUCGGAGGAAUCGUCGGGGGAACCCUUCAAGGUCUGAUCUCUGACUUCAUGGGGAAGAGAGCUCCAGUGUUGGUUUUCAGCCUUGCAAUGGCAAUGGGCGCCCUUGUGGGAUACAGCCGCUCCCCUAAUGACAAGCUCAUAAAUGCAGUGAUCCUGGCUACCACUGGCUUCUUCAUCGGUGGCCCGUCCAACAUGAUCAGCUCGGCCAUUUCUGCAGAUCUGGGGAGACAGGACAUCCUGAGGGGCAGCCAGGAGGCUCUGGCCACAGUCACCGGGAUAGUGGAUGGAACCGGGAGUAUAGGGGCUGCUGUAGGACAGUACCUGGUGUCGCUAAUUGAGAGCAGUCUGGGCUGGAUGAGUGUUUUCUACUUCUUCAUUGUCAUGACAGGGGGCAGCGUGGUCUUCAUCACUCCCUUGCUGGUGAGAGAACUUCGAGACAUGUGGAGAGACAGGCAAGCUCUGCGACACCAGCUCUGAGAGCCCAACCGUCUGCCAGGUUCUUAUCAAGGAAAGCUCAGCGGGUCUGUUCUGGUUCCGCUUAUUAGGUUGGUUUCAGGAUGCGGAAGGUUCUCUGUUUGUCACAGAGUUAACAGAAACACAACAGCUUAAAAUGUACUGUAAGACUUCACUGAGCUGGAAUAGAGGUAGGGUUUAGUUGAAGUGCCUAAAGCCUAUAGAGGUAUUUAGCUUCAACCAUAAGGGUGUAUAUAUUUUAAUGAUAUACAUUGAUGUAAAUACUUCUCCCUUUAUGCACUUAAGUUAAUAUUUGAGUCUUAAAUCAGGAAAUCAAAUGUGAGACCUGUGGAGAAGGUCAAAAGGAAGAAUGUGAAUAGUGAUUGUAGCUUUGUAAUGUUGCACUGCUUUGCUUAAUAAGUCUAAAAAGAUUUUAAUGAACCACUUUAAUCUUC